CACUCAAUCACAUCACAUUAAUACAAAACCACUUUUACCAGAUACAAUAUGAAUUUAUGGGCUGAACACCUGCAUGAAGUGUAUGAAGACUUUAUAUGACAUCAAUAUCAACAUAUAAUAUAAAAAAAACCUAUACGUGUUGAACGCGUCGACUGUGUUGAAAUGGGAAGUAGCCAACAUUUUAUAAGGAAGUAGAGAAAUAACGGUCGAAGAAACAUGUUUGAGCUGAGUGAGCUGUGACUUACAUCUAAAAUGAGUCUCUCUGGGGAGAGAGAGGAGGAGACCACUGCCUCUAAAAUGAGUCUCUCUGGGGAGAGAGAGGAGGGGACCACUGCCUCUAAAAUGACUCUCUCUGGGGAGAGAGAGGAGGAGGCCACUGCCUCUAAAACGAGUCUCUCUGGGGAGAGAGAGGAGGAGACCACUGCCUCUAAAAUGAGUCUCUCUGGGGAGAGAGAGGAGGGGACCACUGCCUCUAAAAUGACUCAAGACACCAGUUCUAAGAGUGUCCAGAAGCCCAAAGCAGAGUUACCUACAACCAGCCUGCUAUCAAUGAAGAGUGAUCAGCCACCUGCUUUCAGCCAGGAACCAUUACCAGAUGACAAUAAGGAAGUGGAGAGUUUGGACAGUGAAGAUGCAUUAAAGAUCACACACAACCUUCUGGACAGAAGAAGUCAAACUCUGCUGACAGUCCAACAAGACAUUAAGGCUAAACUGAAACAUAAGUAUCAACACGUAUCUGAAGGAAUUGGACACCAUGGAAACCAAAGUCUGUUCAAGGACAUCUACACAGAGCUCUACAUCACAGAGGGUGGAAGUGGAGGGCUCAAUAAUGAACAUGAGGUUAGACAGAUAGAGAUGGCAUCCAAGAAACAAACCACACAAGAGACACCAAUCAAAUGCAAUGACAUCUUCAAGCCUUUACCUGGACAAGACAAACCUAUCAGAACUGUGCUGACAAAAGGAAUCGCUGGUGUUGGAAAAACAGUCUCUGUGCAGAAGGUCCUCCUUGACUGGGCAGAGGGAAAAGCAAAUCAGGACGUUCAUUUCAUGUUUCCUCUUCCUUUCCGUGAUCUGAACCUGAAAAAGGACCAAUACAGUCUGAUGCAACUUCUUUCCCACUACUUCCCAGAGCUGAAAGAAAUUGACAGCAUUGAAGAUGGUGAAACCAAAACUGUUUUCAUUUUUGAUGGUCUGGAUGAGUGUCGACUUCCUCUAGACUUCAAAAACAAUGAGAAGUGCUGUGAUGUCACACAGCCAACCUCAGUGGAUGUGCUGCUGACAAACCUCACCGAGGGGAAUCUGCUUCCCUCUGCUCUCCUCUGGAUAACUUCGAGGCCUGCAGCAGCCAAUCAGAUCCCUCCUGAGUGUAUUGACCAGCUGACAGAGGUACGAGGGUUCAAUGAUCCACAGAAGGAGGAGUAUUUCAGGAAGAUAAUCCCAGAUCAGAAUCUGGCCAAUGAAAUCAUCAAACACAUGAAGACAUCAAGGAGCCUCCACAUCAUGUGCCACAUGCCAGUCUUCUGUUGGAUAUCAGCCACUGUCCUUGAGAUGAUACUGAAAGAGGCAGAGAAGGAUGAAGUCCCCAAAACUCUGACCCAGAUGUACUCACACUUCAUUCUCAUCCAAAUCAUUGUGAAGAAUAAGAAGUACAACAAAGCAACAGAGACAAACCCAAAGGACCUGUCUCAGUCAGACAAAGAGAUGAUCCUGAAACUGGCAAAGCUGGCUUUCCAACAGCUGCAGAAGGGCAACCUGAUCUUCUAUGAGGAGGACCUGAGAAAGUGUGGCCUUGAUGUCACAGAGGCAUCAGAGUACUCAGCAUUGUGUACAGAGAUCUUUAAAGAAGAAUCUGGGCUGGACCAAGAGAAGGUCUACAGCUUUGUGCAUCUGAGCAUUCAGGAGUUUCUAGCAGCAGUGCAUGCUUUAGAAUCAUGUCUGGACAAGAAGGAAAAUGUUUUCUCCCCCACUAGUGAUGAUAAAGAGAAGGAGUCAAUCCAGUUGUCUGACUUACACAGGAGAGCAGUGGACCAGGCCUUGAAGAGUGAGAAUGGACACCUGGACCUGUUCCUCCGCUUCCUUCUGGGUCUCUCACUGGAGUCCAAUCAGAAUCUGUUACGAGGCCUUCUGACACAGACAGGAAGUACAACACAGACCAAUGAGGAAACAGUUGAGAGAACAGUCAGGUACCUUUCAAACAACAUCGAAAGGGAAUCCUCACCAGAAAGGAUCAUGAACUUGUUCCACUGUCUGAAUGAACUUGGUGCCAACUCUCUAGUUGAAGACAUGCAGACCUCCCUGCGAUCAGGAACUCUUUCAGAAACAAGACUAAAACCUGACCAAUGUUCAGCCCUGGCCUACCUGUUACUGAUGUCAGAGGAGGUGCUGGAGGAGUUUGACCUGAAGACAUACAACACAUCAGAGAAAGGUUAUCAGAGGUUGCUGCCGGUAGUGAAAACCUGCAAAACCUGCAAAAACCUACUGGAUGGCUGUAACCUCACAUAUGAAUCUUGCGAACUCUGGCCUCAGCUCUGCAGACACCAAACGUCCCCCCUGAGAGAACUGGACCUCAGCAACAAUGACUUGGGAGACAGAGGAGUGAAGCUGCUCUGUGUUGGACUAACCAGUCCACUCUGCAACAUACAGACACUAGUACUGGAUCGCUGUGAACUCACAUAUGAAUCCUGUGAGACUCUGGCCUCAGCUCUGCAGACACCAAACUCCCCCCUGAGAGAACUGGACCUCAGCUACAAUGACCUGGGAGACAGAGGAGUGGAGCUGCUCUGUGUUGGACUAACCAGUCCACUCUGCAACAUACAGACACUUGUACUGGAUGGCUGUAAAAUCACAUAUGAAUCCUGUGAGACUCUGACCUCAGCUCUGCAGACACCAAACUCCCCCCUGAGAGAACUGGACCUCAGCUACAAUGACCUGGAAGACAGAGGAGUGGAGCUGCUCUGUGUUGGAUUAACCAGUCCACUCUGCAACAUAGUGUCACUAGUUCUAGGUCAGUGUGGUCUGACAGAGGGUUGCUGUUCACAUCUGGCCUCAGUCCUGAGUUCACCCAACUCACAACUGAAACAACUGGAGCUGAGAGACAAUGACCUGCAGGACUCAGGAGUUACACUGCUGUCUGCUGGACUGGAGGAUCCAGACUGUAAACUACACACACUGGGGCUGUCUGGCUGUCUGGUCACAGAGGAGGGCUGUGCUGCUCUGUCUUCAGCUCUGAGGUCAAACCCCUCCCACCUGAAAGAGCUGGACCUGAGCUACAAUCACCCAGGAGACUCUGCAGGAGGACUGCUUUCAGCUGCUCUGGUGGAUCCCACAUAUAAACUGAUGAAGCUGAAUGUGGAUCAUGGUGGAGAGUGCAGGCUGAAAUCAGGGCUGAGGAAAUAUGCCUGUCAUCUCACCCUGGACCCAAAUACAGCAAACCCAAACCUGAUACUGUCUGAGGGGAACAGGAAGGUGACAUGUGUGGUGGAGGAUCAGCAUUAUGAAGACCAUCCAGACAGAUUUGACUGUAGUCCCCAAGUUCUCUGCAGAGAAGGCUUAUCUGGAUGUCGUUAUUACUGGGAGGUGGAGAAGGAUGGUGGCAAGGCUGACAUUGGUGUGGUGUACAAAGGAAUGAAUAGGAAUGGAUGGGAGGACGACAGUAAGAUUGGAGGCAAUAGGAAGUCCUGGAGUUUAGUCUGCUCUCACUGUGGUUAUCACUUUAACCAUCCUGGAGUCAGUAGAUCCAUCUCUGGUCCUGAUUCUAACAGAGUUGGAGUGUAUCUGGACUGGCCAGCUGGUACUUUGUCCUUCUAUAGUGUGUCCUCUGGUACACUGACACACCUUUACACAGAACACACCACAUUUACUGAACCCCUCUAUCCUGGGUUUGGGGUUUGCUCCUCCUCCUCCUCAGUGACCCUGUGUCAGAUAGAUGACCAACACAUUCAGAGAGACCAUGGUGGAGAGUGUUGGAUCAAGCCUGGACCCGAGGACACCAGAGAUCAUGGUGGAGAGAGUUGGAUCAAGCCUGGACCUGAGAACACCAGAGACCAUGGUGGAGAGAGUUGGAUCAAGCCUGGACCUGAAAAAUGUGAGUGUUAACUGAUAAUUGU